AUGAACUCGUCAAGUUCGGCCCCAGGCCCAGCCGAAUCCAUCCUUGCGACAUUGAAUCCAGCACAAUGUCGCGCCGUCACGUCCAAGAAUGCCACCGUCGCCAUCCUGGCUGGCCCUGGAAGUGGCAAGACGCACACCUUGACAUCUCGUGUCGUUUGGCUUGUGGACAAUGUUGGAUACGCGCCCACUGACAUGAUUGUCGCCACUUUCACGGUCAAGUCCGCACGGGAGAUGAAGGAGCGCAUCUGCAAGGCCCUUGGAGAUGACCGCGGGAAGAAGAUUGUGCUCGGCACAUUUCACAGUAUUGCCCGCCGCUACCUGGCUGCCUAUGGCAAGCGUAUAGGGCUUGAUGAAAAGUUCGCCAUUGCCGACGAUGGAGACUCGAGAGCCGUCAUCCAGAGGAUUUGCAAACGAUUACAGCUAUCAGUCGAUCCUCCUGCUGCAAGAUCAUGGAUCAGCAAGAAGAAGGCUAGGGGUGACAAUCAGGCACCAGUAAAGCGGAACGGUAAACCAGUACCCGAGAAUCGCGACCUGGAAAUAUGCUUUCGCGAGUACCAAAGCCAUCUCGAACGGUCGAAUCUGCUGGACUACGACGAUUUGUUGACUAAGUGCGUGGAGUUACUUCGAAAGCACCCUUCUUGCGUUGCCAACGUCCAGUCUGUACUCAUUGACGAGUACCAAGACACCAAUGGCAUUCAGUACGAACUCAUGAGGCUGUUUGCUCAGGCACGAGAACGAAUAACCAUUGUGGGAGAUCCGGACCAGAGCAUCUACGGCUGGCGUUCCGCCGAGAUCAAGAACUUGUACCGUCUGCUAAAGGACUUUCCCAAAGCGGACGAGAUCUCCCUGGAGGAAAACUACCGCUCGUCCCAAGCAAUCCUGGAUGUCUCCCUGAAGGUUAUCCAGCAAGACAAGAAGCGUUACCAAAAGGUCCUGUUACCUAUCCACAACAAAGGCACACGACCGGUUCUCCGGAGACUAAAGUCUUCAGCCGUGGAAGCCGAAUGGAUUGUGUCUGAACUCAAGAGAGCCUUGCUGAUGGCCGGCAAGAUGCUGACCUACGAUGAUGUGGCCAUUCUCCUACGGUCGGCAUCGCUUUCUAGGCACGUCGAAUCCUCUCUAGGAAAAGCAGGCAUUGCAUACAAAAUGGUUGGCGGAUUCAAGUUCUACGACCGCGCUGAGGUCAAGGUGAUUCUUGACUACCUGCGUGUCAUUCACCAGCCCGACAACAAUGAUGCAGUGGCCCGCAUCAUCAAUGUUCCCCGCCGCGGCGUUGGAGACACAACUAUAAAGUCCCUUCUUGAGGAAGCCGAGAGCUCCAAGCUCAGUGUUUGGGUGGUGCUAAAUAAGCAUUGCCGGGGAGAGCGCCAGGCAAAGACGAAUAUCAAGAAGGCCAUGGAGCAAAAGAUUAGCGCAGAGCUUCUGAGACUGAUUUCUGGGAUCAGAAGAAAGAUUGAAGAGCCUCCAACCGGGAGUCCAUACUACCACUUGGUCGACCUUAUCCAGAAUCUGCUUUCACAGCUCAACUUCCAGAGAUACCUUCAGGAGAACUACCCCGAGGAGCAUGAGACGCGAUGGGCCAACGUUCAGGAAUUCAUCAGUCUGGCGGGCGAUUUUAUGCGAGACUUGAACGCCACAGCUGAGGAGGAUCGUCUUCCAGUGAUCGAUGGAGUCCAGCAGGUGCAAGAAAAUGACGCCUUGGGCCGUUUCUUGGCAAACGUCUCCUUAGCGUCGGAUGCGCAGCAAAAGGGAGAUGCGGAGAACAAGCCGACUGUGACCAUCUCGACUAUUCACGCAGCUAAGGGUCUUGAAUGGCCCAUCGUCUUUGUACCAGCAGUGUACAAUGGAUCCAUUCCACACUCGAGGUCAGAGGAUCUCGACGAGGAACGUCGGCUACUUUAUGUGGCCAUGACACGUGCGCAGACACUCCUCUACCUCAGUUGCCCAAUGUACAGCUCGCAGAAUGGAGGAAACGGUGGCGAGCGUACUGAGCUAUCGCCUUUUAUCCCAUCAGAGAUUCAUCCGUAUUUUAGGAAAACCGGUCCAUCCUUUGAGCCUGGGAUCCUUCAGGAGAUGGGGCGCAUUCUUGGAAGAGAGAAAGUUGUGCCAACACAAGACAAGGUGUACAAGGAACUGCCGCCCAUGGAACGGCCCGAGGACAACUUAUGGCCCGAAGAUCCGGAAGACUCUUUUGGCGAAAGGGGCGCGAGUGGGAGGAACAUGCCCUGGGCACAGAGACGCCCUCGGGCACAGGCAACUUCAGCAUCAGAAGAGGGCGAUUCCCAGCCGAUACCCACCUGGCACACUUCUACAACAAUGGACAGUGCUUCCAACUUCACUCUGCCAGGCUUUACGACUGCAAGCGCGGCACGGGAGAUGCUAGCUGCUGCAAGGGAGAUGGCCGCAUCCGCUCAGCAAAACGACUCUGGACCUCAAAAGUCCGCCGCGCCCAGAAAGGGAACGUCGAAGCGGCCGGCUGAUCAGCGGAGUCUUCUGGGUUUCGUCAAGAGGACCAAAUCCGAUUUAUCGCAUACAUCCUAUCCCUCAACACAUCGUCCAGCAGCUCCCGAGCCACGAUCGAUUGCUCAAGAGCUUCCAGAGUUGCCAGACUUGCACCAAGCGCAGCGCCCUGCGAAUGCCAUUGAGUCGGGCCUCAGCGGUCACCGACUCGGACAGGGGAGAAUGCCCGCCAAACCAGUAAGACCAGCUUUCGAGGGCACCGCGGGGCCAAAGAAACACUAUACAAACUUCUCGAGCUCCCCACCUCGAGCGAAGUCUCCUGAAAAGGAGAAUCAAGACAUGAACGAGCCACCGCCGGUCCGGGAACGGCCGGCGAGCUGCUUACAUACGACCACGACUACGAAUGGCUUUGGGGGAUUCAAGCGGCCGGCGGCGUUAAAGAAGGAAGGAGGCCUUGCACCGAUAGACCGGCUGAGGAAGCCCUUCAAGCCGCUGACGAUUAAUAGAUCAUGA